AUGGACUUCUCGCAGGCCACCCUGCUCCGCCUCUACCACCGGUUCCGGGCCCUGGACAGCAACAAGAAGGGCUACCUGAGCCGAGUGGACCUGCAGCAGAUCGGGGCGCUGGCCGUGAACCCCCUGGGGGAUCGCAUUAUAGACAGAGAUUUCCCUCCCAGGAGCCUGCGAGUGGAGUUUGUGGAUUUUGCCAGAGUCCUGGCUCAUUUCCGACCUGUAGAUGAUGACACAGGAACCCGGGACCCCAGGGAACCCGAACCCCCCAACAGCAGAAUGAACAAACUUCGCUUUGCAUUUCAGCUCUACGACCUGGAUCGAGAUGGCAAGAUCUCCCGGCACGAGAUGCUACAGGUACUCCGGCUCAUGGUUGGGGUCCAGGUGACGGAAGAGCAGCUGGAAAGCAUCACUGACCGCACGGUGCAGGAGGCCGAUGAAGAUGGGGAUGGGGCUGUGUCCUUCAUGGAGUUCAGCAAGUCCCUGGAGAAGAUGGACGUUGAGCAGAAGAUGAGCAUCCGGAUCCUGAAGUGACCUCUGUUCGUCUGGCCAGCUUGACAAGACCAGUUCUGCUUGGCGUUCAUUCUCAGCCCCCGGAGGGAUGGGCUCCAAUAAACGGUUCUUCUACACUGAACUCUAUUCAGGCUCCAGGCGACCAGCUGGCUGGGUGUGUACCAAAGUCCCACUCAUUUGCUCUCAGACCUAUAAAUCAGCCAACAGUAUUGUGGACGCAAGUGACUGGAAUCCAAAUCAAAGGGACUUGAGUUAAAAAGGGGUUUGAUGGGCUCAUGUGAAGGUCAGGAAGUGUCCUCAGGCAGAGCUGGAGCUGAGCGCUCAGAUGGUGCUCUCUGACUCAGUUAUUCUCUGUUUCUCACUCAUUUGUGUGUGUGUUGGCUUCAUUCUAGAAGGGUCUUUCCUCAUGGUGGAUUCGGCCCCUAGCUGUUCCAGGCCUCCUGGGUAAUCCAGUGGGAACAGGUUUCCUUUUUCAACAAUUUCUAGCAAAGAGUGUUAUUAGCUCCCUGGGACCGGGUCCCUUCUCCAGGAGAAUGAAAUGUUCUGAUUGGCCAGACCUGUGUCAUGUGCUACCUGCUAGAGCCAGGAAAUUUUAGGUGCUGAGGACUCAGGAUGGGGUAAGGGGUGAUUUCUUUAAGGACAAGGACGUGCUAUUAGCUCUUGUCUGUGCUGGCCAGACAGAACAAGAGCUAUGCAUCACUGUUAAGUUGACCAAAUGGUUGGAUGUAUGAAGUCUU